UACGUCUCUUGACAAAAAAAAAUGGGAGAAAUCAGAGCCAAGCGAUGGAACUUUGGAGCCAACGAGGUGGUCGAACGUUCUAGUUCCCAAAGCAUUCGUGAAUAUCUUUAUACUUUAAUCAGUAAUCUCGACGAAGGUGACGCCAGACCCGUCAUCGCACUUGGACAUGGCGACCCUUCUCCGUUCCCGAGUUUCAGUACUGAUCCAUCAGCCGUUGAAGCCAUCUGCGAUGCUGUUCGCUCCACCAAGUUUAAUAAAUACGCUUCUGCUUCCGGUAUUCCUGUCGCUAGGAAAGCUGUUGCAGAGUACCUCUCUCGCGAUCUACCUUACCAGAUAUCUCCAGAUGAUGUUCAUAUUACUGCGGGUUGUGUGCAAGCAAUUGAGAUAUUGAUCUCCGCACUCGCAAAUCCUGGUGCCAACAUUUUGCUGCCUAGGCCCAUUUACCCCAUGUAUGAUUCCAGAGCAUCUUUCAGCCAGCUAGAGGUCCGUUAUUUCGACCUCCUACCAGAAAAUGGUUGGGAUGUUGAUCUCGAUGCUGUUGAAGCUCUUGCAGACGACAAAACUGUAGCUAUAGUUGUUGUCAACCCUUGCAAUCCUUGUGGAAACGUUUUCUCUCGCCAACAUCUUCAAAAGAUUGCAGAGACAGCUUGCAAGCUUGGAAUACUUUUGAUCGCCGACGAAGUUUAUGACCACUAUGCAUUCGGGGAGAAACCAUUUGUGUCCUUGGCAGAGUUUGCAGAGAUAGUGCCUGUAGUUUUGCUAGGCUCCAUAUCGAAAAGAUGGUUUGUUCCUGGCUGGAGACUUGGCUGGAUGGUGACUCUUGACCCUCACAGCAUCAUGAAAGAUUCUGGGUUUGUUCAGUCUCUUACCAACGUCAUCAACAUUACCACGGAUGCUGUAACGUUCAUUCAGGGUGCCAUUCCUGAUAUCCUUGAGAAUACGAAAGAAGAAUUCUUCUCAUCGAAACUCCAAAAGCUGAGAGAAUGUGCAGAGAUUUGUUAUGAAGAGGUUUUGAAGAUCCCUUGCUUCACUUGCCCUACCAAACCCGAGGGGUCAAUGUUCACGAUGGUGAAGUUAAACCUCUCGCUGCUCGAAGAUAUCAGUGAUGAUUUGGACUUCUGCUGCAAGCUGGCUAAAGAGGAAUCGUUGAUCAUCCUACCAGGUCGAGCUGUUGGACUCAAGAACUGGCUACGUAUCACCUUUGCUGUUGAGCUCGACCUCCUCAUAGAAGGCUUUUCCAGGCUAAGGAACUUUGCCCAGAGACACUCCAAGAAGCAGCCAUGAGUGUUGCAUGUCUCUCUCCUUCUCAACAGUCUGAGCAAAUUAGGUUUUGCUCAGUAGCUUCUAAAACAAUAUAUUGUGAUAACUAGUAAGCUUUGUUUUUUUUUUUUUUUUUAAAUGAACCAAGUGAUGCCAAGUAGCUGCUAUG